AUGCUCUUGAGUUUCUGCACUUUGAUGACUUUAAUGUCGGGAUUGCCGCGUUUUCUUGCGUCUUACGUGCCUUGUGAGCCUUGUGACCAGAAGGCGCUGUCCAUGUGUCCUCCGGUCCCUGUGGGCUGCCAAGUGGUAAAGGAACCGGGCUGCGGCUGCUGUCUGACCUGUGCGUUGUCCGAGGGCCAGGCGUGCGGCGUUUACACGGGGACUUGCAGCAAGGGGCUCCGCUGCCUGCCCCGGAGCGGCGAGGAAAAGCCGCUACAUGCCCUCCUCCACGGAAAGGGAGUUUGUAUGAACGAGAAAAUAUACAAGCCGCUACACUUAGGCCGGGAAUCCCAUGAGGAUGCUCUGGUUACCGAGGUAACGGACGACCUGCUUCCGCCGGCAAAGGUUCCACUGUUCCCACAGGACCACAUCAACACCAAGAAGGCCCAGGCGAUGCGCAAGGACAAGAAACGACAGCAGGCCAAGCUCAGAACAAUGGCACACAUGGACUACUCGCCUCUCGGCAUAGACAAACACCAGUCUGAAUUCGGCCCCUGCCGACGGAAGCUGGAUGGGGUUAUCCAGAGAAUGAAAGAUGCUUCCAGAAUCAUGGCUCUGUCCCUCUACCUACCCAACUGUGACAAAAAAGGCUUCUUCAAGCGCAAGCAGUGUAAACCCUCCCGGGGUCGUAAGAGGGGCAUCUGCUGGUGUGUGGAUAAGUACGGGGUGCUGAUGCCCGGCACGGACUACAGCGGGGGUGACAUCCAGUGUAAGGACCUGGAGAGUAGCAGCAACAACAACGAAUAAGAGGUGACCGUCACGGUCACAUGACACCAGACCUGCCCUCACCCUCCCCUCUCACCCCACCCAUGCUCUUUCAACUGCCAGUCAGUCUCUGCUCAGACGCCUGGAAAAACGGGUAAAGUGUUGAGUGUAGGGACGGAUCCAUUUGUAUGUUUCUUUACCCUCUCGGACAACAUGUUCGGCCCUUCAGUCCCUCACCCCCAGUUUCUUCCGUGCUAAAGAAAAAGACGAGCUCGAUGUAUUGAUUAGGAUAUUAACCUCAUCGAGUAACACAGGGAACAAACCA